AAAAAAAUUGCUCAUCUCUAAAACAUCGACAACUUAGAGAGAAAAGGGGAUUAGGGCUCCUUCGACAAAAUUCAAUCCGUUAAAUCUAAACCAAAUCUUUUGAGAUCCUUUCACAUAUGAUUCUCAUUUUUUUGUCUGUCAUCUUCAAUUUCAGUUUCUUUCUCAUUUCUUACUUAUCGUCUCGACAAAUUUUCUAUUUCUGACCGUCGUUAAAGUACAUAGUACUUCGUUAGGUGGUGGACACACAUAAUUCAACAAUCAUUGAAUGUUGAAGAAUAACUGAUUGCUAUCGGUGAAUCGCUACAGGAUUGUGUAUAUAGGAGUAGCAAUGCUAAUAGCUUCCUAUAUUGCUGAAGUUAUGAGAAGAGUUUUACCCAAAUGAUUCUCUCACAGUGGAUGUAUUGUACUGGGACAUGGAUUCUGUUUUCUUAACAGAGAGCUUCUCUUAAUUAUGGGGACACAACUCUUUAUGUUUCAAAUACAUGGACGGCUGCCGAUUCAAAGGCAAACGGACCAUGGGACAAGACUAUAGUUACACUCAGCCUUCUUCAUCAGAGGAGUUCGACAUGACCUCUUUACUUGAAGCAGAAGCUGCUCUCUACGCGGAUGAAGGCGAUAGUAGCUUCACAUAUGCAGCGGCGGAUCAGUACAGAACGGAACCUGAGGCUGAUGAAGGAAUACCGAGGAUAUGCUAUUGCGGUAGUGAUCCGGUUGUUGAGACAACAACCUCGUACAUUGAAAAAGAUCCAGGAAGGAGGUACUUCUAUCGCUCCAACGUUGACGAUGGAGACACUCACAUCUGGAAAUGGUGGGAUGUGGGGAUUCAAGAAGAGCUUCUUGAAACGCAGACACAACUUAGGAUGGUCAAGGAUCAAUGCUUUGAGAGUGACCAGAAGGUGGCUAAGCUAGAGAAAAUCGUGGGUGUGUUAACUAAGAAGAAAGCAGUUGUUAAGAAUGGGUUGGGAAAGGAAGAGUUUCGGAGGAUUUGAACAUCAGUGUCUCAACUUGGAAUGGGCCUCGCAGGUGUAGCUGUUGGACAAGAAGGUACAAGAAGUCACGGGUAGUUGUAAAAGCUAGUAUAAGUUUCCAUUGUAUCAUCUCAUUAGGUAG